UUCAGACUCGUAAGAAAUUUGUUCAUUCAUGUUACCAAAAUGUACAAUAUUUUUAAGAUAUUUCUGAUGAAGUCAGAGAUGAGCGUGAGUGAUUGAUGAAACAAUUUUCCCUUUAACCUACACAGUUUUUUUCUAUUAAUUUUUCACUCCAGUGUGAUCCUCCUUAAACUAUUGUCGGCUGAGACCACCUUUUUUUCCCCAAGACUUCAGAAACACUCAGUUGCUUAAAUAACAGGCUGCUUUCAAUAAAACCGAGAGCAGCUUUCCCUAGCCAAACUAUUAGAAACACAUAAACGUUGUUUUGGCAUUUUUCAACUCAGAGGGCUUGAGACCAUCUUUAGCUUAAAAGUAAGAUUUGUAUUUGUGUCAUAAGUAAAAAACUUGCAGCGUGUAUUUAGACCGGUGUCUGUUGUCAUGUUUUUUAACCAGCGUUAACCAAUAACUGCUGUAAAAAAUGCAUUGUGAAUGAUUCCUAGAAUGCCUCAUCAAAAAGGCACAACUGUUUUAUAUAACCACAUGACCUUUUUUUGUUUUCUUCAAGUGAUUGUUCUGUGUCUCCUGUAUGCAGACUCACAUCAUGGCUAAGCGUGUGGCUGUGAUUGGAGCAGGCAGCUCUGGUCUGACCUCCAUCAAAUGCUGUUUAGACGAAGGGCUGGAGCCUGUGUGCUUCGAGAGCAGUGAUGAUAUUGGAGGACUGUGGAAAUUUAAGUCACAACCUGAGGCAGACCAUUGCGGCAUUUAUCGCUCUGUCAUAGUGAACACCUCUAAAGAGAUGAUGAGCUACAGUGAUUUCCCUAUGCCAGAUCAUUUCCCCAACUUCAUUCACAACUCUAUGGUCAUGCAGUACUUCAGACUCUACGCUGAGAACUUCAACCUGCUCAAACACAUUCACUUUCAGACCACAGUUCGCAGUGUGAGACAAAGGCCUGAUUUCUCUGACUCUGGUCAGUGGGAGGUGGUAACCGUGGACAGAGAUGGACGAGAGGAGACACGUGUGUUUGACGGUGUGCUGGUGUGUUCAGGACACUACACACAACCCAUCAAACCCCUCUCAGACUUCCCAGGUAUUGACACAUUCCCAGGGACAAUAACUCACAGCUGGGAAUAUAAGGACCCUGAUCCUUACUUUGGGAAGAGAGUAGUUGUCGUUGGGAUUGGGAAUUCUGGUGGAGACAUAGCCGUGGAGCUCAGCAGAGUGUGUGAGAAGACCUUUAUGAGUACCCGAAAAGGUGCUUGGGUCAUAGGUCGUGUAGUCGGUAGAGGGCUUCCUCUAGAUAUGACAAUGAUGACACGAGCUCGAUAUCUGAUUUAUGGCCUCCUGCCUCAACCUUUGCUUAACUGGAUUUGGGAGAGAAGCCUCAAUCAGAGACAUGACCACAAGCUGUAUGGACUACAGGCUGCUCACAGGAUCCUUGACCACCAUGUCUGUAUAAACGAUGAUAUCCCAGGUCGCAUUCUGGUAGGAGAACUGGUGAUGAAAACAAAUGUGCAGAAGUUUCAAGGCUCAACGGUUGUCUUUGAUGAUGGGACCGUAGAAGAGAAGAUUGAUGCAGUGAUCUUCUGCACAGGAUAUGAUUAUAAAUUCCCCUUCCUCCCUGAAUCUCUAAACUCUGGUUCUGAUGGGGAUCUGAAACUUUACAGAAGAGUCUUUCCUCCGUCUCUAGAGCAUCCCACACUGGCCAUCAUGGGCCUGCUGCAAACCAAAGGGGCGAUCAUGCCAGCUGUAGAGCUACAGGCACGCUGGGCCACCAGGGUCAUUGCAGGACUAAACCAUCUUCCUCCAGCUGAUAAAAUGGAUAAAAUAAUCGAGAAAGACAUACAAGCAUAUUUAAAGAGUUACUGUCCCAAAGUGGCUGCCCUUCAAGUGGACUACAUCCCUUACCUAGACACAAUAGCAAAGGAAAUAGGUGUCCGUCCCAACAUUGCUUGGCUUCUCCUGAGGGACCCUGCUGUUGGUUUGAGGGUUUUCUUCGGGCCCUGUACUCCCUACCAGUAUCGACUGAGUGGACCGGGGCACUGGAGAGGUGCCCGUCAGGCCAUCCUUACCCAAUGGGAUCGUGUGGCCAAACCCAUGAAGACACGCUCCAUUCCAGAGCCUUCAUCCUUCAGCUUAUUUUUUUGGCUGGGCCUGUCAGGAGGAGCUGGAGUGAUUUUUGCUUUAAUGGCAAUGCAGAAGAUCCCACUGUUUUGUAAUAUCUAUUAGAUCUCAGAUAUUCCAAACUUGAUUUUUGAGUAACUGUGUUUCGUAUUUGCACUUUAACCUAAUUGUUUUUUAAUUCUUGGAGUUAAUUAUCUUUUAUAAUAAUAAUAAUAAUAACUAACCUUAUAAGGUAAUCUAACAAGUGUAACUCUAGAAAGUAUUUUUACUUUUACUACUAGGCCUAGCUGUGAAUUGUACAGUGCAGUUAUUACUAUGUCUACAUAUCAUUUAGAUUCACUCACAUACUCCUAUAUGACCAAUAUAUGACCUGUAGCUUCAUAUGAUCACCACUAGAUGUCCUACAUAGCACCAAUAGUCUUCUCCAUUAAAAUUGGUUGAAUGGAGUGGUUUCAG